AUGGAGGUGUUUCUGCGCAAUCUGCCCCCGCACCUGACCGAGGGCGCCCUGCUCGGCCAGCUCCAGCCGUUCAUGGAAAAGCUCUCCAUCGCAGAUUACGUGGCCGAGAAACCGAGAAAUAAACCCACAGGACGCAUCACCUUCCUCCGCGAAGCCGACGGCAAGCGGUUUCUCCAACAUCAUGGGGAAGUGCCGCUCCCCCAGACACCGUUCGCCCCGCCGCGGGGCCGGCAGCAUGGGCACCCGCCCACACAGGCCCGCCUCUCCAUCAUGGGGAAGAACGUCUUCUGCAAGCUAAGCAACCGGAAGCCCGACGGGCUGACCCUGAGGAGUAUCGAGCAUGAAGCCAGCCAACGCGGCCAGGCCGAGCCUCCGCCAGAGCCAACCACCAGGACCCUCGCGGCCACCGAGCUGAACUGCGGCUACUACGACUUCGACAAGGACGCAAGACUCACCUUCACGGCCGAGUGGACGGCGAGGGAGCGUUGCCACGUCAAGUUCGCCAAGCGGAACCUCCUCAUCGGCAUGACCGGACGAAGAGUCCAGCUGCGCAUCCCGUUUCAAAGCAUCAUCGAGCUGGUGUGGUGGGAAGACGGCAGCGCCGCAGUGACGCUUUCAUGGCCGCCCACCAUUCUGACAUGGGAACCCCCCGACGACAAGCUUACCAGGUUACUCUCCAUGCUCAGCGUCACCGAGAGAGACCGUCUGAUGCUAGCCAACCCGCGCCAGAGACUCGAUGCCAUCGACUCCCAGCAUCGGCCCGUAUCCGCCUUCUGCCUGGUGUACCAUUUCAGAGUGCCCAACCCCGUCACCAGACACGCCAUCAGCGACUUCCAAAGCGAAAUGUACAAGAUGAAACAGAAGGCGUUGUUCCCUGUCACGCACUACCGUCUCGGCUUCCGGCACGCUGCCGCCCCGGGGUUCGCGGACGCGGCCGCCAGCAUGCGGAACCAGCUGGCGAACUACAACCGCGACGGCUCGCUUCCAUUCGGCCUGUUGUUUUUACUCCAGGCCCUCGUAGCAAACGGCUAUCUCCAUCCGGCCACGGUCUCUGCCCUCGCCCGCAAGCUAGUCGCCUUGUUCGCAGCGGCUAAGCCUGCCUGGCGCAGCCAACCGCCCGUCUCAGUCGACGCCUUCAAGCAGCUGUUCCAAUGGAUUGACUAUCCAACACCGCCUCCCAACGGCGAUCCAAACAUGUUUUCUGUCGACGGCAUCAUGGAGUAUCUGCAAGGGGCCGAGCGCCUCGUCCGCGAAGGGUCGGCCACAAGAGCGGCCAUUUUCGAUGACGCGCCGAUUAGGGCCCGCAUCUUCCGCGCCACCGUCACGCCUACGCGCAUUACUCUGCAUGGCCCUGAGCUAGAACCCAUGAACCGCGUCCUCCGCAAGUUCUCGGACCAUUCGUACUUCAUCAGGGCGCAGUUCUGCGACGAAAACGGCCAGGACCUCUUCUUCAACGCCAAGGUGUCCCUGGAUGCCGUCUUCGAUCGCUUCAAGUCUGUGCUCACCGACGGCAUCCAGGUGGCCGGCCGGGUAUACAAGCUCCUGGGCUUCUCCCACUCGAGCCUUCGAGCACAUUCUGCCUGGCUGUCCGCCCCUUUCAUCCACGAGGGACGCGUGCAAAUCCCCGAUCUGAUCAUCACGGGCCUCGGUGACUUCAACAGGAUCCAGUCGCCCGCCCGCCGUGCGGCUCGUAUCGGCCAGGCUUUCUCGGAGACCCCCUACGCCGUCGACCUCGACGAGAACAUGAUCCAAGUUCUCGAGGUCCCCGAUGUCGAGCGGAACGGGCGCGUGUUCAGCGACGGCGUCGGAACCAUCUCGGCCGGCGCUGCCGACGCUGUGUACAACGUCAUUCCCAAGUCCAAAGGUUACCCGACUUGCUUCCAGAUCCGAUGGGCGGGCGCGAAAGGCAUGCUGUCCCUAGACCCGCGCCUCGAAGGGAACAAGAUAUGCAUCCGUCCCUCCAUGGUCAAAUUUGAGAGCAACGACAGGCAGCUGGAGAUUUGCGACAUGGCUUCCAGGCCGAUUCCCAUGGUGCUGAACCACCAACUGAUCAAGAUCCUCGAAGAUAUGGGGGCGCCAGACAAGUGGUUCCUCGAAUUGCAAAACAGGGAACUGCAACGGCUCCGCGCUGUUACUGCCACAGUGUGCAACACAGCGAGCUUCGUCAGGGCCAAGAAAAUUGGCCAGAGCAUUCAGCUGCAUAAGCUUCUCCUCCAGACAGAGGCCAUGGGCUUGGAUUACUGGCAAGACGACUUCCUUCGCACCGCGGUCGAGGCGAUUGUGCUCAAUGAGCUUCGUCUCUUGAAGCACAAAGCCCGUAUCCCCGUCCCGAAGGGCAUUACCCUGUUCGGUAUAAUGGACGAAACAGGGUUCUUGGACGAAGGGGAAGUCUACGUGACGUACGACGCGGAGGACCGUUAUUGCCAGCCUCCGGGACCCGGACCCGUGAUUGUGGCGCGCUCACCUGCGCUGCAUCCAGGCGACAUCCAGGUUGCGUACAAUCGGAUCCCGCCGGACGGACAUCCUCUGAUCCAGCAGCGCAACUGCCUCAUCUUCAGCAGCUGGGGCGAUCGUGACCUCCCAAGCCAGCUGUCAGGAGGUGACCUCGACGGUGACCAGUUUCACGUCAUCUGGGACCCCCAAGUCGUUGCGUCUGUGAUCACCUUCGAACCGGCGAAAUACGAUCGCGUCUCGCCCCUCGAGUUGGACAGACCGGUGGUCAGCGCAGAUAUUGCCGCCUUCUUCGUCGACUUCAUGAGAACGGACCAUCUGGGUGUGAUCGCGACGCGGCACAAAAUUCUCGCAGACCAGAGAGAGGGUGGUACGCUCGAUCAGGAUUGCGUCAGGCUCGCCGAGCUGCACUCCAGAGCCGUUGAUUUCUCAAAGACCGGGCGGGCCGUCGAGCGGUGGGAGCUUCCCCAAAGCUUGAAAUGGCGGCCCGAUUUCCUCUCUCGAGGGCCAGAAAUCAAAAUCCACGACAUAUCCGCCAUUGAGUUGGACCAGUACGCCGCCUCACGGGGCGACGAGGAUGUCGAUGACGUUAACGAUGAAGGGCCACAGCACCGGUACUACCGCUCAGAAAAGAUCCUGGGAAAGCUCUACCGCGCAGUGGACGAGCGAAAGAUCUGGGCAGAAGACAUCCGGAUGGCCAUCACGAGCCGGGGGUCGUCGUCUUUCUGGGACCAGUUCCUUGCCGUCAUCCAGGAGCGCGUGCGUGCCAUUGGCCCUGUGGAAUGGCAGCGCCGCUCUGCCGAGGCUCAGAGAAUCCGUCACGCCUACGAAGACGCGGUCCACGGCGUCAUGAUAGACUGUGCUGAGCACCCCCAUCAGCCCCUGAGGGAAUUUGAGGUGUUCAUCGGCUUCAUCUUGCACAAGACGGAAGGGCAGGCACGUCGGCAGCGGGACCGGUCCGUCAAGAUCAAGGACGAGUUCGAGUACAUCACCUCGUGGAUCACGCGAGAGAUGCGGAACCCGUCCAAGGUCAGCGGGCGGCACGCCGGCGAGCUAGACGCGCUCGAGUUGUGUCUUGCCUGCCUACACAUCGGGUGCCGCACUGGCCCCAGGGAGAAGCGGGCCUGGCACCGCAGCUCGGCGCUCGACCUCGAGAGCUUCAAGAUCGUCGCCGCGGCGGCGCUGGUGCGCGAGCUGAGCAUCCUCGAGACGAGAGGCCGGGGGGGCCAGACGUACGCAUACGGCGGCAGCGGGAAUGUCGGCUUCGGUGGCUGA